AUCACCCGGCGGCGCGGUGCUCAGUUCCUGAGCUGCUUAUAUACGCGUGUAGGCGAACGCGGCGCCCCGUCUGUCCAGGAUUUUGUUUUCGUCGUUUCUUUUGUGACAGCGGGCGGGCGUAACUUUACGCAGAGAAACAGAAGGUGAGUCUGCGAGGCUACACCUGAGGGAUAUCUCUCCUCGCUGAAUCUGUAAGCAGUUUGUCUUCUCCUCCCAACUCCACUUGUUGAUGGGGCACUAAGUGGUUAUCGGCGCAUUCAAUAAACGGAGUUACUCUUAUGCGUAAUUUGGACAAUCCCCUGUCUGAGGGCAGGGCGAAAGAAGUUUUUAUAGCCGGUGGAGGGUUUUUUUGGCAGAUGGUUGGGAUGUUUAGCGACCGGUAGCAGCCUUCGGCAUCAGAUCGUGUUACACAAGCUGCUACCAAGUGAGCGGCGGCAUGGGGAACCAGAUGGACAGGCUGUCACAUUUAAGUUACGCAGAAGUUCCCACAGUGGACCCCAACGGCGUGGACACGGAGGACGGUCCACGGAUCGGCGUCUCUUACAUAUUUUCCAACGACGACGACGAACUGGAGGAUGGCUGCGCGGUCGACUGCUCAGAGAAAGACCCGAAUCAGGAAGAGAAACAAUACGACCAGCGUGACGAGGUGGAAUGCGCCGUUUACAACAGAGAUGAAUGCAUUUAUGAAAAGAGCGCAAAGGCGGUUAACCUUGAAGUUUACUCUCCAGAGAAUCUGCUAAACAAAUGUAAACCAGGUGACUUAGUGGAAUUUGUGGCUACGGGUCAGUACCCGCACUGGGCAGUGUAUGUGGGGGACUUCCAGGUGGUGCACCUGCACAGAGCCGAGGUAAAGAACAGCUUUCUGACAGAUGCGAGUCAAGGGAGGAGGUGUCGGAUUGUUAACGACCUGUACAAAUUUAAAGCUCUGGGUCCGGACGUGGUAGUGCAAAACGCGAUGGAGCAGGUGGGAUUAAAGGACCGGGAGCUGAGCUGGAGAAACUCUGAGUGUUUUGCAGCCUGGUGCAGGUUCGGCAAGAGGGAGUUCAAAAUGGGUGGGGAGAUACGCAUAGGCAAGCAACCCUACAGGUUGAAAAUAUUCAUGUUGGACAAACAGCCCCGAGUGCUGGAGUUUCAGAGUUUGGAGGACAUGAUCAUGGAGAAGAGGAGGAACGAUCACCUGGGCAGGACAGCCGUGCUUCGGGAGCUGGCCCCCCAUUUCAGCAGGAUGGAGGAGAUAAAAAGCGAGCCGGGAGCUGAAUGAUGUCUGCUUUUUUCAUGCUCUUCAAAUUAGGCCAAUUGCUUUGCAACUAUAGAGUAGCCUUUACUGAACAUAAUCUGUUACAUUGUCCUUUAGCAAACAUUCACAUCUAUAUUUUCUUUUUAAUUGGAGCACAGAUGUCAUAAUUCUUACCUGAAUAUUGUCAGUCCAGCUAUGGAUUUUUGGUCCUACAUAUUUAUGAAUUACAUUGAUGUUAUUGCCUUAAAGCCACAACCCUCAGCAUCCUCUGUUGCCAUAUGGCCUUAGCAAAUAUGAAUUCAGUUAUCUGAGAUAAAUUGAAUAGCCUGAUUUGCAGCCCCCAAAGCCUCUCUAAUCACAGAAUGUAUAGUUUUUAUAAAAGCUUUACACAUCUCACUUAAACUGUAAUGAUUCUGUAAGUAGAGCAAAUUUUUCUCUAUUUAUAGUGUGUCUUGUUAUUUUGUCCUUGUGUCGUUCAACUUCAUCUCAUUUCACCCGGACAGCGGUGUCAGAGCUGCUCGCCAAAUACAAGCAGAGGUCGUUCUGCCCUUAAGGGUAACCCUCACACCAGCACAUCUGAAGUAAAUGUUGUGGAGCUUAUCUUUGUUACUUGUACCCAAAGUUUAAGUAAACCAUGGAUCUUUGUCUCUUUUUGAAAUGAGUCUUAUUGUCUAUGCUGUUUGAUUAUUAGAGUGAGAGAAGCACAGUAUCGAUUCAGUAUGUGCUGCUUGGUUCAGAGGCUCCAUAGUGUCAUCUUUAUGUGUGUUUUUUUGAGUAUGAGUAUUUUUGUUUUAAAAGUCUUUAAUGGAAAUUGGUUUAAUCCUGCAUGGGAUACAUACCUAGAGGUGUGCUGUACCCCAGCAGAUAGCGCUGCUAAAAGUGUGUAUCAUAGACUGUGUAUAAAAGACUGAUGGAGCUGCUGGGUCUCAAAAGUAAAGCCAAUGCGGGAGUGCCUGAAACUGCGGGGGUGGGGGUGAUUCCUCUGAUUCAAAGACAGUAUGAAGAAAUGCUGUUUAUUUCUAAGCUGACAUUAGAGCUCAGACGCAUGAAAGCUUUCUGUCCCUCAGUCUACGUAGAAAUCGUUUUAGUUUGUCGCCAGAUCAAAGUGAAAUUAAUUUUUCUGAUUAAACAGGUAUCCUUGGUGUGCAUUUUGUGGCCUAGUAGCUGCAAUUUUGCAGUGUGAAAAAUACUUAGCAGCAGAUUAUGACCAAAUAUAAGAACAUUUAUAUAUUUUAUUUUGCUGCAAUACCAAAUAAUCAGGGUACAUACACAUUCCAGGGAUAAUUCAAUUCAGUCGUAUCAAGGCGUUAUAUAUACUGUAAAGUAAAAACCAUACAAUAAUUACAGAAAAAAAAAAAACAGUCAAAAUGACCUCCUAUAAGCAAGCACUUGUCGACAGCGGGAAGGAAAAACUUCCUUCUAGCAGGAAGAAACCUCCAGCAGAACCAGGCUCAGGGAGGGGCAGCCAUCUGGUUGUAGUGAGGGGAGGGAUUCCAGUUUGCACUGCUGUAAUGUUACUGCUGUGCUUCAUUCCUGAUGCUAGUAAAAGUUUGCACAUAUAAAAUGUAUUUCCCCAACAUAGAAUCUAUAUAGCACUUGAAAAUGCUGUAAAUAAAAGAAUCAGUGAAAAUGUGCUGCUUCCAGCCCCUUUUUCCUAUAUUUCCAUAGGAGCAGAAUUCUUUUUCCAACCAGGUGAAAUGCCCGCAGGUUUAUGGCACU